AUAGCUUCGAUGAUAACCCGGAUUGCGCUUACUAAGUGUCCCGUUUCGCGCCAUUUCUCUCAUCUUCCUUCGUCCUUCUUUUCGACGUCCAAUCAAAGUUUCUUCAAACUCUCUCCUACUUCUUCACGUAACACAUCUCUUCUCGUCUUACGAGCAAUGGCCGUAGCUGAACCGAUCCCAAGCAUCGUGGGCGCCCUAUCGUGCCAGAAGGAUUCUUAUCUCCGCAGUCUGGAAACGGAAGUUGUAUCGUGUACUGAAUACGUAGCCCCAAAGACGCAAAAAACAAACGGCAAGUCGAAAAGCACGAAGUCCCCCGAUCCCGGAAAGGCAAUAGGAAACGGUGAAGCACCAUCUUCAAAAACAUGGCUCAUCGAAUUCGCGGACUCGGUUCUGUUCCCCGAAGGCGGCGGCCAACCAACAGACCACGGCUCCAUCACGCCUCUGACUUCAGACCCGUCAGGCGCUAUACCCAUCACCAGCAUCCAGCGCCACGGACUCCGCUGCGUCCACUUGUCCUCCCAGCCCCUCGAGCCCGGCACGCGAGUACAGCAAGAUGUUGACUUCAACCGCCGCUGGGACCACAUGCAGCAGCACACGGGCCAGCAUCUGCUCUCCGCAAUCAUGGACACAAUGUCCCUGCCCACGCUCAGCUGGUCCAUGGGCGCCGCGGGAGAAAUGAACUACAUCGAGCUCCUGCGGAAGCCCAGCGACGAGGAGCUCCGCAGCAUCCAGCAGCGCUGCAACGAAGCCAUCCGGACCAACAUGCCCAUCACAGUCGAAACGCCCGGAGAUGCGGCGGCGCAUAAGCUGCCUGGCGACUACGAUAAAGAGAAGGGCGUGGUGCGGUUUAUCAAGAUCGGCGAUCUGGACUACAAUGCGUGCUGUGGGACGCAUUUGAAGCAGACGAGCCAUAUUGGGGUGAUUCUGCUGCAUCAUAUGCAGAGUGUGCGCGGCACGAAUUGCAGGCUCUUCUUCUCCGCGGGCGAUCGCGCGAUUCAGCUUGCAACGGAGUCUAUCAACUCGUUGCGGAAUAUCGCGGUAUCGCUGUCGUCGGGGUCUGCGCCGGCAGACGUGCAGAGCAGCGUACAGCGGCUUAGCGACUCGUUUGCCGACGCGAGGAAGAAGGAGAAGAAGAUGCUCGCCGAGAUCGCGAAGUACGAGGGCGACAGGAUCAAGGCUGACUUGGCUGCCGGCAAGAAAGCGUGGUGCUAUCGGGCAACGGAUGGGCUGGACUAUAUAAAUCUGGUGGUUUUUGAAGUCAAGGAAGCCGUUAAGGAGCGCGGCGUUGUCGUGUUCGCUUCAGGAGAAGUGAAGACAGCGGGGUCCAUUGUUAUCAUCGGAGAGAAGGGCUUAGUUGAAAGCAUGGCCACGAAAGUCAAAGAGCUUGUUAGCACGGCCAAAGGAGGCGGGAAGGGCGAGAAGUGGCAGGGCAAGGUGACGGAGUGGAGGAAGGGCGAGAUCGAGGCUCUGAAGGCGGCGGUCGAAGGACAAUGAACAUAACUAACCCUAAGGCAUUUGCGCUUUAUAGACUUGCGAUAGAUGGAAAUGACAUUUAGCGCUUAAGGGUAUCAGCGUUUCAAAGCGACCGUUCCCUCUCCAUAUGUACACUGAAUGAAAGGAUA